ACGGAGUAAGUGACUAACAAGUAAAUAGGACAAAUUAACAAGAUGUGCAUUGCUGUAUUCGAAUGGAGAGCUCAUCCGCUUUACCCAUUUCUUAUGUUCCUCAACCGGGAUGAAUACCAUGACCGGCCAACGAAGGCUCUUGGGCGGUGGGAGGAGGAUGGCGAGAUUGUUGGGGGAAGAGACUGUGUUGCCGGCGGGACUUGGCUGGGCUGUACCAAGGGGAAAAUUGCUUUCCUUACCAACGUCCGGGAAAAGGAGCUCAACCUCUCGUCUUCUCAAUCCAAAAGCAGGGGUGAACUCCCACUUCGCUUCUUAAAGAGCAAUAAGAGCCCUCAUGAUUUUGCGGAGGAACUUAUGGGAGAAGCUGACCUUUUUGGUGGGUUUAACCUGGUGGUGGUUGAUCUCUGUUCGAUGAUUGUGCUUUACAUGACCAAUAGACCAAAGGGAAGAGGUGGAGUAUUAGUUACAGAGGUAUCACCUGGUAUCCAUGUCUUGACUAAUGCAACCUUGGACUCUCCAUGGCCCAAGGCUCAACGGCUACAAAAAAAGUUUAAGUUGGUAUUGGACGAAUACAGUGAAUCUGAAAUUCCUGUGGAAUCUGUGGCAAAAGAAUUGAUGAUAGACACGACAAAAGACGCCGAGCUUCCUGGGGUCUACUCGCCUGAAUUGGAGUUUCAUUUGAGUUCCAUUUUUGUUGAAGCAUACAGAUCUAAGGGUGUGUGUUAUGGAACAAGAAGCACCUCAGCUUUGGCAGUGGACAAUUGCUCUGAAGUCAAAUUUUAUGAGAGGUCGCUUAUGAAUGGUGGUUCGUGGGAGGAACGCACCAUGUCCUUCAAGGCUGUUUGAUUACGGGUAGUAUUAUACAAGCAGAAUGAGGAGCAUGAGGACCCGUUAAUGUGUACUGGUGGUAGAAAUGAAAUCAGUGAAGAAUCACCUCUUCAAGCUUCCCGUCAUCCCGUGUAGAGCAUACUGAAGAAUCACCUCUUCAAGCUUCCCGUCAUCCCGUGUAGAGCAUACUCAAUCUACCGCUUGGCCACUUGAGGCUCUAAUGUGGAGGGUGAUGUAAUCAGGCCCGUGCCUUAUGUUAGGCUGGAGAGGCCCAAGCCUCAGGGCCCCAAAAAAUUGAAAAAAUUAGGGGCCCACAACUUUGUAAGGAUUACUAUUAUUAUACCUAUGUAUUUUCCAAGUCUGUCGCCAUUUGGGGUGGUUCCCGGUGGAGUUUUUUGAUGAAAAUUUUUUAGCAUCUUUUUCAUUAAGUCUAACUUACUCAUACCAAAUUUCAGUAAAAAUGCAAUCGGGAAGGCAGUCAAAUGAAUUUUUGAAGAUAACUGCACAGUUAAACAGCGCAGUAUAUUUCAGAAAAUCAUUUGACUGCACUAUUGGUUGAAUUUUUAGCUGAACUUCGGUAUAGACAAACUAGACUUAAUGAAAAAGAUGCUUAAAAAAUUUCAUCAAAAAAUUACACUAGGAACCACCCCGAAUGGCGACGGUCGGACAGAACCUCUUAUAUAAGGGGUGUUUUGUACUUUUUAAGUUAGUUCGAGGCUGAUUUGUAGAGAAAAUUAACAAUAUAUAUUGUUGAGGAUUCCACUAAAUUAUGUAUCUAAAAUUGUUCGACGGGUUUUACUUAAGUAAUUUUUUUUAAUACAUUCAAUGUCGUUUUGGGAUAAUGGAAGACUUUUGUUGAAA